UUUCCUGGGCGUCACUGUACGACGUGUCAGUGAGGAACCGCAAUCCAUUUCCGAACUGAACAGUUGGUACUGGAGCCUAGCAUGGAGGAGGAGGCGAAAAUUAUUCGAGAGGGUUACCUUGUCAAAAAGGGGACGGUGUUCAACUCUUGGAAAGCUGUUUGGGCAGUUCUUUUAGAAGAUUCAAUUGAGAUUUACAGUAAAAAAACUGAUGGGAGUCCGAAGGGUGUCUUUCCCUUGAAGGGGAGUUCAGUUGUAUCCCCAUGUCAGGACUACAGCAAAAGAGCGUUUGUUUUCAAGUUGCAUACAGUAAAGAAUCAGGACCAUUACCUGCAAGCUUCACACCUUGAGGAACGUGAUGCCUGGGUGAAAGACAUGAAGAGGGCCAUUCAGUUUAUUGAAGGUGGUCAGAAAUUUGCACGAAAGUCGACUAGAAAGUCUAUCAGGUUGCCAACAAAUAUAAAUUUGGGUGCUUUAUACCUCUCUAUGAAAGACCCUGAAACUGGAGUGAAAGAACUUAAAUUACAAAAGGAGAAGAAAACCUUCAAUCACUGUUUUGCAGGUGGCUCUGUGAUUGACUGGUUGCUGUCAACUAACUUUGUAAGGAACCGGCGUGAGGGCAUCCUGCUGGCAGCUGCCCUCGUCUGUGAUGGGUACAUACAGCCAGCAGAGGACAGGACCAAGGAGGCAGCUGAACGAAUCGCGGAAAACUGCUUUGUGGAUGACUCUGAUGCUUAUUAUUAUUUUGCUGACAGUGGGUUUUUCAGCGAAGGAAACUCAAGUGAUGAUGAAGAUGUUUUAAAGGAGGAAUUUCGAGGGGUUAUUAUAAAGCAGGGUUGUCUGCUGAAGCAGGGCCACAGGAGAAAAAAUUGGAAAGUACGGAAGUUUGUGCUUCGUGAUGACCCUGCCUACCUGCACUAUUACGACCCAGCUGCGGGUGAUCAGGAUGAUCCCCUUGGUUCCAUCCAUCUCCGCAGCUGUGUGGUGACUGCAGCAGACGACCUUGCAGAUGGAAAGAAAUCUGAUGUUAGAGGAAAUCUCUUUGAAAUCAUCACGGCCAGUGAAGUGCAUUAUCUGAUGCAGGCUGCCACACGGGAAGAACUCACAGAAUGGAUUAAAGUCAUUAAAAAAGUAGCCACUAGUGGAAAAUAAAGGCACAGUUAAAACAAUAUUGUAUCACUAAUAUGCAAGGGCAAUUCAAAUAUGCAGUAUUAACCUCAACUUUAAAGUAUUCAACCCUUUAUUCAUGGGAUCAGCAACAAAUUGAUAUGCUAUUGAUGUUGCAGACAUAAACUUUUGCAAUGAUCUAAUUAAAUAGCAUGACUGGUAUUAUUCACUCAUCAGAUUUUGCUUAUGAUAUUUGAAAGUGUGCUUUGUAAAUACUGUCAACAAACUAACAUCUGAUGGAUUGUAAAUUUGUGGCUCGUGGGUAAGGUUGGAAUAAAGAAAGUUUUUCACUUGU